AUGAAUAUGGUACCCGACUACGAGGUUAGACUCCGGCUUGACCCAGGCAAGGUUUUGGGCUUCAAUCAAGAACCAGCAGAAGAUGUCAAAACGGCCUUUGAUGUUUCGACAAUCACUGCACUUAAUGUCCAAUUCCUUGAUAAGAAUUGCAAGGAGAUCUACACCUCCGGCUGGAGCCCCCGUAUUCGCAAGAUGGAGAACAAGAACAACCUUGAGCUUACAUAUAAGAGGCGUUAUGCCAUCGCGGACGAUGACAUCGACGCUGUCCUCAGUAUAGCUAAUCAGGAUGGUUUCCGCGCUGGUGACACGAAAUUCGAGGCGCAGGUUGAAUGGGGCUAUCAAACGCAGACACUUUCCAUCAGUCACCAGGUCGACGUGGAUGAUUCUGGGAAUGAUGGUAUUGGUUUGCCAGACACGACUGAAUCGCGUCAGAUUAUGACCGAUAGAGCACCAGAGAAGUUCGACAACUGGAAUUACACAGGGUGGGGCACCAGCGCGUUACAUUUAUCACGAAUCUUUGGCCCUGUCUUUGCGAAGCGCUUUACUGGCAAGUGGAAUGGAUUGAAGCUAUAUCUUGAGGUCUGGCCUCUCCUCAACUCUGAGGGCACAGAAACUGAGCACAUUGUCGAAGCGUCUUUCAAGACAAAGGACCGCGAGAGAGCCUCACUUGAGAGGGGCAACUUAAUCACUUCUUUGUCUCAGCCGGGGAGAAAUUGGUUUCUAGCCUGCGACUCGCUAAAGACGCAGCUCAUUAUGGAGCGAUACUAA